GCAAUGGCGGCGGCCGCGGUGCGCGGCACGGGAGGGAGAGAGGGCGGACUGCGGGGCGCUCACGGUCCCGCGGUGGCGGAGGCCCCGGCGUCGCCUCAGCCUCGCAGGAAUAAUGUAUUUGUGGCCUUGGACAUGAAGUAAUUGGACCUGUUGCUGUUGAUAUAGGAUCAGGGACUGAUGAGGGAAGCAUGGACCUAAUGAACGGGCAGGCAAGCAGUAUUAAUAUCGCAGCUACCGUUUCCGAGAAAAGUAGCAGCUCUGAGUCGCUAAGUGAGAAGGGCUCUGAAUUGAAGAAAAGCUUUGAUGCAGUGGUAUUUGAUGUUCUUAAGGUUACACCGGAAGAAUACGCGGGUCAGAUAACACUAAUGGAUGUGCCAGUGUUUAAAGCUAUUCAGCCAGAUGAACUCUCAAGUUGUGGAUGGAAUAAAAAAGAAAAAUAUAGUUCUGCACCGAAUGCAGUUGCUUUCACGAGAAGAUUUAAUCAUGUAAGCUUUUGGGUUGUUAGAGAAAUUCUCCACGCUCAGACAUUGAAAAUAAGAGCAGAAGUUCUGAGCCAUUAUAUUAAAACUGCUAAGAAACUGUAUGAGCUUAAUAACCUUCAUGCACUUAUGGCUGUGGUUUCCGGCUUACAGAGUGCGCCGAUUUUCAGGUUGACUAAGACAUGGGCGUUAUUAAGUCGAAAAGACAAAACUACCUUUGAAAAAUUAGAAUAUGUAAUGAGCAAAGAAGAUAACUACAAAAGACUCAGAGACUACAUAAGUAGCUUAAAGAUGACACCUUGCAUUCCUUACCUAGGCAUCUACCUGUCGGACUUGACGUACAUCGACUCGGCGUACCCAUCCACGGGCAGCAUUCUAGAAAAUGAGCAAAGGUCAAAUUUGAUGAAUAACAUUCUUCGAAUAAUUUCUGACCUACAACAGUCCUGUGACUAUGAUAUUCCCAUGUUGCCUCAUGUCCAGAAAUACCUGAAUUCCGUUCAGUAUAUAGAAGAACUACAAAAGUUUGUGGAAGACGAUAAUUACAAGCUCUCAUUAAAGAUAGAACCAGGGACAAGUACGCCACGUUCAGCUGCUUCCAGAGAAGACCUAGUAGGUCCUGAAGUGGGAGCCUCUCCGCAGAGCGGGAGGAAGAGCAGUGCUGCCGAGGGGGCCUUCCUGCCACAGACACCCCCGUCCCCUCGGAACCUGAUUCCACACGGACACAGGAAGUGCCAUAGCUUGGGUUACAAUUUCAUUCAUAAGAUGAACACAGCAGAGUUUAAGAGUGCGACAUUCCCAAACGCAGGUCCACGGCACCUGCUGGAUGAUAGCGUCAUGGAGCCACAUGCACCAUCACGAGGCCAAGCUGAGAGCUCCACGCUUUCCAGUGGAAUUUCCAUAGGGAGUAGUGAUGGCUCUGAACUAAGUGAAGAGACCUCAUGGCCGGCUUUUGAAAGGAACAGAUUAUACCAUUCUCUCGGCCCGGUGACAAGAGUGCCACGAAAUGGCUGUCGAAGCCACACGAAGGCCAGCAGUUCUGCAGAGUCGGAAGACUUGGCGGUGCACUUGUACCCAGGAGCUGUUACUAUUCAAGGUGUCCUCAGGAGAAAAACUUUGUUAAAAGAAGGCAAAAAACCCACAGUAGCGUCUUGGACAAAGUACUGGGCAGCCUUGUGUGGAACACAGCUUUUUUACUAUGCUGCCAAAUCUCUGAAGGCCACAGAAAGAAAACAUUUCAAGUCAACGUCAAAUAAGAAUGUGUCUGUGGUGGGGUGGAUGGUGAUGAUGGCUGACGAUCCAGAGCAUCCAGACCUCUUCCUGCUAACUGACUCCGAGAAAGGAAAUUCAUACAAGUUUCAAGCCGGCAGCAGGAUGAAUGCAAUGCUGUGGUUUAAGCACUUGAGUGCGGCCUGCCAGAGCAACAAACAGCAGGUUCCUACAAACUUGAUGACUUUUGAGUAAAAGCCGGAGAAAGAGGAGGUGUACCGUUGUUCCUGCAUGGAGCAAGGACCUGCUGCGAGCACCAGCCGCACCAUACCGUGCCAGGAAGAGCCCCCAGGCUCCAGCCCAGCCUCUGGAGCUCAGAACCAAAAGCACUAAUUUCAGGGAAUGAAGUGAGAUAUUCCCAGAGAACAAAUUGGAGUUGCAAAACUGCCAUGAACUACGCUUCUAUCUCCGAACUGACCUGUGGAAACCACUGCCUUAACAGAGUGAGAGGACAGCCAACACCAAACAGUGUGUGUGAAUCUUCCGGUGGUGCUGGGCUUGGAAUAAAUUGUAGCUACUUUGCGUUUCUUUUAA